AUGGCCGGCGCCGAGCAGCCCCCGCGGGCGAAUGAUACCGAGGAGGUUGUGGGGACUCGGGAAAGCGGCGAGGAGCGGCCGUUGGGGCCUGGCUUGGCCAGCUCUCCACAAAUUCUCUCCACAAAUGAGCUGCAAGAAUUGAGUGAUGAGGUCUUCAGACUCAGCACUGUACAUGAAAUUGUACUGAAUGCUGACUUGGAAGUGCACAUGGUCAACUUCCCUCCACACAGCCUGGAAAAUAGAGUGAAGGAGACACUGCACAAAGCCUUGUGGGACCGACUGAAAAAACAGAUCUCUGCUAGUCCUCCAGACUACACUCAGGCAAUCCAACUGCUGCAGGAAAUAAAAGAGGCUCUGUUAUUACUGCUGCUGCCUCAGAAGCUGCAAAGCCAAAUUGAAGGGGUCCAGGACAUGGAGCUGAUUAGGCAGGAGGCUGAGCACGGGGCUCUGGACAUCCGCGCUCUCACCACCAGCAUCCUUGGCACGACGGCAGUCUGUGCGCCUUUUCGAGAUGAGGAAGUGCAAGGACUGCAAAGCCUCACAGACCCAGCUGAGUUUCUCAGGGAGAUCCUCCGGGUGCUGGACCUGAUGAAAAUGGAUAUGCUGAAUUUUACCAUCCAGAGCCUCCGUCCAUACUUACAGGAAUGCUACAUCCAGUAUGAGCAGGAGAAAUUCCAGAAAAUCUUAGAUAAGCUUCCUAAUAGUCUGGAUAACACAACAGAGUGGCUGCACAGAGCAGCAGCAGCAGUGUCUGCAUCCUCUUUGCAGUCUCAGUCCUGCCCUGCAGCCAGCAGCUCUUCUGAUGCACGCUUCCAGGGAGCAGUCAGCAGUAGCACAGCUGUGCCCAGUGUCAUGUCUGUGCUAAAUUGAGGCUACAUGGAUCUGCUCUGCUGGGAGCCCAGACACAGUGAAUACCCAGAGACCUUGCUUCUGGAUCAGGCUCGACUACAGGAAGUACAAACACAAGUGAAUCAGCUUGCCAUCAUAGCUGCAGUCCUGCUAGUGACUAGUGGCGUGUGUGGAAACACCUUAUUUGGCUCACCUGAGUUUAUUGAUAGGCUGAAACUGAUAACAAAGGCCCUCUUGGAAGGUCUGUCUUCUAUCAGGUAUGAAGAAGCUUUGCUAGACAUCAGUGAUCAAGUGCUCCAGGAAGUCAGCAGAACACUCUCACAGCUGGGUUACCCUGCUUUUGCCAGUGAGAAAUGUACAUCCCUGAAAGGCCAGAUAAAAAGCAUCGCUGACAAGGGCAACGCAGUCCGGCACACCAUCAAGCAGUGGAUUCACCUGUUCCUCAGCCUUUUUAUUGCCCCCAAUGGACAAAAUUCUCAGAAAGAUUUCCCAAAGGGUCUCGCUGCCGUUCAGGAAGAGCUGCAGGAAGUCGGGCGCAGGUUCAGAAGUGUGACCUUCCACAACUGGCAGCUGUUUGGCCCUUUCUACUCAGCAGUUCUCAAGAAAGUGCUUUUCCCAGAGGCAGAACCAGAUUCAGGAAGAGGUUCUAUGUGAUCAUCCUUACUGCGUACCACACAGGAGGACAAGGGUGGAACGCAUUCUCCCACAAUUUCUCAAAUCAUGCUUCAGCUUGUAAAAAAACCAUCAGACAAACCCAUCUGGGCAGCACAGCUACUGGGAAGUGACAGCACGUCAAUAUCUGAAUAAACCUCUCAACUGCAAAAGGCAACGGCUUUCUUGUCCCCCCCAAAACUGUCACUAUUUAGCAGGGAAAGAAAUGGGAGGUGGAGAUGAUAAAACUGCAAUGAAAUUUAAGGUUCUUUCUUUCUUUUCUCCCUAAUUCAAGGUGUUAAUUCUGCGGUGGGUCUGCAGCCUGCUCUGCUGAAAUGUUAGGCACAGCCCAGGGACGCAGUUUGGAUUUGAUAAAGCCAUAUGGUAUUUAAGAUCAUUAAAUCUGCUCAAUAUAUUUCAGUGUUAGCUUGAAAACCUGACUUACUGAAUUAUUAGAUGGAACACAUGGUAUAAAUUUAGCAGCCCCCGAUGUAUUUAGUAUUUCACAUCAGCCAGAUUUUAUUUGACACAAAACCCUGAACUUUAACCUGUAUUUAAAUGCCUGGAUUUCUUGCUCUAAUUUUAUAUAGUGAAAACGUCCUACUUCUUGGUAUGCCAAAAAUCUUUGCUGGUAAAUACUAUAUACAAUGGCUGCCCAAACUGUUUCUGUUGUUCCAUGAAUCGAUGGCUGCUGUGCUGCAGAGCAUUGGUUUCAGUGUUUAUCAUUGCUAAAUCAGGGUCCUGCCACCCUCAGUAGAACAGUCCUCACAGAUGUACGUUAAAAGGGGUCAACAUCAGCUUUCCCAUGGGCAAGGUGACAGCAGACCAUCACGCUGUAGGUGAGUCUAUCUUUAAAGAACACACAGAUGAGUUUUUACACAUAAAUUAGUCUGAAAAGGAUUUUGUAUUUGGGAUCAGUGAGAUUAGCUGCAAAAAGAGCAGCCUCAGCCAAAGCGACUGCUGAGCAGCCAGCAUUCUGCAUCCAGCAUGCCACACACGUUAGGAUGGCACACAUCCUGAUUCUGCUGCCAAGGAAUGACAUCAGGCCUGUUCCCAACAGAACAGCAUCCUGUGCUUUGCUUCCACAAUACCAGCAAAUCAUCCCCACGCAGUGCUUUGACACUCCUGAUGUUUUCUUGUUCCUCAGCUUUACAAAGCAAAACACCACAUGUGCAGCACCAGGCUGCCCUCAUUCAAGUCACUGUGCUGCCCACCCUCACCCCUUCCUCUUACCUGCUUUGGCUGCUCAGCUCAGGCAUGAGAUGACCAGAGGCUGCUGUGUCACUCAGGUCACAGUGACGACAGGGCAAACGUGUGUCUAAGUUUGUUUAUUAAUUCAGUCUGUUCUAAGUUGUACAAUUAUGAAAACAACAAAACGACUGCUGGAAGCCCAGGAAUAUUUACAAUCUCGCCUUGUUGUAGUGAGGUCAGUCUAUGUUGUUGCACAGAUUGGUUAUGUUUGGUACCACAAGAUGUUUAAAAUUCAGACAAAUUCGAACAGAUUAACAAUUGUAUAUACAGGAAAUAAAAGGAAAUUCAAGUAUCAAAAUACAGACAGAUUAAAUAACAUUUGUAUUACAAAUCAGUCCCACUGUCAUACAUCACAAUUAGCAAAAAUGUCUACGUUGCAAACUGAACUCGACUGUUCUCUGCCCUGUUAGGGAAUCUCAGGUUAUUCUUCCACGGGUAAGAAAAGUGUUUGAGCUAGAUCUACUUGGUAAGAGCAGCACAUGUACUUCCUUUUGAAAGAGAAAAAAUUAAGUUAAAUUAAAAUGCAGUAGGUAAUGCCAAUAUGAGACCUAAAAGGGAGACUUUUUGCAACAACACAGCGUCGCAAACUCUGUGCUCGCUCUAAAAUAAAGAUCUGAUUGCAUGGAAAUGAUGCAAGCAGAAGAAAGCCAGAGGAAGUUCUGCUGCUAGAAGCUUCUGAAGUGGGGUGGAAGGAGCAUUAAAGCAAUUAAACCCACAUCAGCUGCACACAGAGCAGUUGUUUGGAAGUACUAUUUGGCAUCUGGUCUGUGUCUCACAGCAGCCCUGUGAUGGUACCUCACAUUUCAUUGGAGGCAAGUCCUGCACGGUGUCCUGCCUUCUCCCCAGGAGGGAAACAGGCAACAGGCACAUACCCACCAAAACUGCAUCAGUUUUUUCUCCUAAAAAGAAAAAUCCCAAAGCAAGUUCAAACAGCUACAAUUAGCUUCUUCUUUUUUGUUCUUUUUUUUUCUUUUUUUUUUUUUUUUGUAAAUACAAAAUUAAAAAGGAUAAAGCAGCUUCAAUUUGGAAAAUAAAAACUCAUCCCCUCCUCUACUGAAGAAAAAAAAAAAAAGACAAACACAGUUGAUCUACCUUGAGUUCUCAGCCUGGACUCAUGCCGUGUCCAACUGGAAGUCUGUAAAACACAAAACCCAGGGCUGCACCGCCUGUCCCAGGCAGGCAGUGAGUGCAUUUAGAUUCUAACCAGCACCAGAAAUGCAGAGCACUUUCCUCCAGAUACCGUGAAACCCUGUGGGAGGAAAAGCCAAAACACUGCGUCAUGGAUGGGAUAACAAAGCACUCGGAGUCGGUGACCCAGGAUCAGUCUCCAGCAUGCAAGUACCUCAAAAAAACCCCACUGAAAUGAAAGGGGAAAAUGCACUGCCAAAACAACUGCUUCUAUGAAGUGAGAAAGAGUAUCUGGCUAAAGAACUGCUGGAUCACUAAAGACAACCAUGGAAUUACACACAGGACUGGAAAGAACCACCAGGGUCACAACGUCCAGCCCUCUGAAGAUUGGAGUCUUCAUCACCACUUCACCUCCAAGCCAACCUUCGCAAAGCUCAUGUAUGUGUCAGAACAGAAGGGUGUCCCUCCUCCCAAGCAGAGGUUCAAUUUGCAAUCUCUCCAAAAAGACUUGUUGCCAACACACCAAAUAUUUACACUUACACCAGUAUGAAUUGCAACAUACUCAUAACAAGGAAUGUUAGGUUCUCUAAAUUCAUCCAUGUAAAAAAGAAAAAUAAUCUCCGCUUCCCCCUCCUCAUCAUGUACAGCUCUGUGCCCUCGGGAUUACGGUUCACUUCUCUCCUAGUCCUACCAGCUAGGGAGACUGAAUCCUGACAUACAGCAGCAACUGGAGUUAAACAGGCAUCAUUAGGGCAUCUUGUCCUGGCAAAGCAGCAGGGCAGCACAUCCCCAGCCACUGCAGCCCUGCGGAGAUUGUACCAAGCUGCUGCGCUAUGGUUUUUGCAUCAGAAGAAUUAAAAAUCACAACUCUCCUAACAGCCUUCCCUCCAGGGGAACAGAGCUGUGAAAACACAUCGGCCGCAGCCAAAACUGCUGGUAAAUCCUGCUGUGAUCCAAAGAGCAAGCAAGCAGGCAGCACACCUCUGAGAUGGCAGCGUUUGGGGCUGCUGGGGCCAGGCCAUCCAUGGGUCAAUAGGACUUAUGAUUUAUCCUCGGCUAUGGACUGUGCCAGUGGAAUGCCCAAAAUGCAACUCCUCUUUUGUUCGUCUUCCAAAAUCGUUGCACUUAUUAAAUAAUGAGCUAGUAUAAAAAAAAAAA